AUGUAUGCUGGUCAUUUUGCAGCUGUGUUCUUAUUAUAUUCCUAUGAUUCGACCGUUAAUUCAUUUUUACUUACGUUUGGUGUUGUUUUUAUCGAUAUUAUUAUGGGUAUAUUAGCCUAUUUCUCUGUCGAAGGAUUUGAAUGGAAUCCAAAUGGGGAUGGACAUGGUAUCGAAUUACACAUUCCAAUUAGCCAUUCAUUAUUAAGUUCAUUAUGUUUUAGUUGUUUAUGGGGAUGCUUAAAUUCUAAGCAUUUUGGCAUUUUAUUUGUUUCAUCAUUUAGUCAUUUCGUAUUGGAUUGGUUUGUUCAUAAUCUAGAUUUAGAACUAUAUCCAUUUAGUAAUUUCUUUGUUGGUGGUAUUGGACUUUCAUCAAAAUAUCCACGUGUUGCAUAUUAUUUUGAAUUACUUUUAUGCAUAUUCUCUUGUAUCCUAUUCAUACAAAUGAAUAGUUAUAAAAGUCUCAGUUUAGUUUUAUCCAUUAUCUAUCUAUUUUAUUUACAAUGUUAUCGAGCAUUAUUUAUAGGCAGUGAAUUAUAUUCAUUAACUCAAGUUACUCCUAAACAAAAACAAGGUCGAUUAACAUGUCAAUGCACGAUGAAAGCAUUUGUUAUACCCGCUAUUGUUUUAGGAACAUUGUUAGAGUUGAUACCUUUCGUAUAA